UCUAUCUCUUGAGAAAAAAAUCAUUGCGAGAAAGAUUCAUUUUCAUUUUAACCCCAGAAAGUUCAUGACUUUCAACCAGCUAAUACACCCUCGUUUCUCGAAAGGAGAGAAGUUAACACCUGUCCUAACUGCGAUAUAAUUGGGGGGGCCUUAGAAUAGUAGGGCUCUGGCAAGCAGGCUGGUACUUGGCGGGAUAUUGAGACGGAAAAAAGAACUACUCCUGCCCUCGGUCUAUCAGGUAAGGGCCCCUCUUGGGAGGGCGUUCGAUUCCACUGACUGACUCGACUGAAUACAUAGGCCUCUCUCCCGAAUGAGAGGAAAGGGGCGGUCAAGGGAAUGGGCCGGGGCAUCAGAUAUCAGAAUGUCUUCAGAAGAAAGAAGCACAAAAUUUUCUGCCAAAAAGAAGAUGAAGAGAUUGAGAGGAACACCAGUUAAAUGGUUGCUGGCUUUGCUGUUUACAUUCAUAUUUGUCUUCCUCUUCAAGUUUUGGUUGUACGAGCUAUGGAUGCAUGAAUCAUUUGCAGACAGAAGUAUCUUCCACCCAGACAAAACAGAAGAAACCACCACACUCUGGAAAAAUAUAACCAAGGCCAAAGAAAUCAUAGACCACUACUGCAAAGUACCCCACACGUCCUCAUUUUCACCCAAAUCUACUCACCCCAAUGAUCAGCAUUCCCCUGAUAAUCACUCAGAAAGUUGCCCCUUGUAUUUUAACUUCAUUCACCAAGACCUGGAGCCAUGGAAAAAGUCGGGAAUAACAUUGGAAGCUGUCGAGAAAGCUCAAAAGGAGGCAUCUUUCAGACUCAUUAUUGUUAAUGGAAGUUUGUUUGUUGAGAGCUUUCGUCACUGUUUUCAGACAAGGGAUUUGUUUACUGUGUGGGGAAUUGCUCAGUUAUUGAGGAUGUAUCCAGGAAUGGUACCUGAUUUGGACUUGAUGUUUAAUUGCAAAGAUAAGACUACUGUGCAUAAGGAGUUGUAUAAGAAUACCCAGCCACCGCCCUUAUUUCGUUACUGUGGGAGCGAAGAUACGUUUGAUAUUGCUUUUCCAGAUUGGUCCUUCUGGGGAUGGGUGGAGUUACAGAUACCACCAUGGAACAGAACCAUGCAGGACAUCCAAAACCGAAAUCAGCAGGUCAACUGGCCGAAUAGAGAUCCAACUGCCUAUUGGAAAGGCAAUCCUUUCGUUUCUCCCAAGAGACUGGACCUUAUGAUGUGCAGCGGGAUUCCCAAUUGGAAUGGCAGGCUAUAUAUACAGGACUGGUUCAAAGAGUCUAAUAGUGGUUUCAAGGACUCCAAACUUUCCAGCCAGUGUACUCACAGAUAUAAGAUAUAUGUAGAAGGCAUAGCAUGGUCAGUGAGCCUCAAGUAUAUUCUGGCAUGUAACUCUCCAACUCUCCUGAUAACACCAGAAUUCUAUGAUUUCUUCCUGCGAGGCCUUGUUCCUCAGCACCACUACUGGCCCAUAAGACCAGAUAAGAAGUGUGAAUCCAUCGAGUCUACUGUCAAUUGGGGAAACAACCACACAGAAGAGGCCAUGGCAAUUGGUGAGGCAGGGAGUCAUUUCAUAUUAAAUGAGUUAACGAUGAAAAAUGUUUAUGACUAUAUGUUCCAUGCUUUAACGGAGUAUGCCAAACUACUGAAAUAUAAGCCUACUAUCACCAAAAGGGCAUUGAAGUAUUGUUCAGAGAGUAUGUUAUACUUUGCAAAUAAUGCAGAGAAAGUGUAUAUGAAUGAGUCAAUGGUUGCAAGUUCGAGUCCUUCACCCCCAUGUAAGUUGGGGGAUUCAAAAUCUAUUGGAAAUUCAGACUUUAAAAAAGGGAAUAAUCAAGAUAAAUGAAAAAGAAAAUAUUACAGUAUUUCUAUAGUCCAGCCUAAAGAGACUAGUGUCAAAUCAAGAUGCAUGAAUCUUGUAAUGCUUAUCAAUGAUUCGAUAUUUUUGCAAGAAUAUAUUACAACAAGAAGCUACCUACCAAAUUUGAUAAGGAUAUCAUUUUUUAUC